AUGCCUCAACAAUCGGCACAAUCGUCCAGUGGGACUGACCCCACUGCGAUAUGCAGCUGUAAGCGAACCGAUCAACCUUAUAUCACUGUUCCAGGGUCUCAGCAAUUCUGUGAAGAGCUUUGUAAAAAUGAUCCCUCAUGCCAUGCGUCUCUAUCAAGUCAUUCACAGAACAUGCAAGGAAACUACGGACAGGGCGGUACUAACGAAGGAGCGUUUGAAACGUUCGAUAGCAUGGCUUCGCAUUUUGAAGGCGCCCAACAAGGUUCCUCUGAGAAUUUGGGUGGCAAUUUUAACUUUUCAGCGCCAUCUAGACCUGCUGAACGAGGAACGGCAGCUUAUGACCGGAUCCAAGUCAGCGGCUUGUUGGACAUGCAAGCACAGGUCGCGAGUAUGAGUCCAGAACAGCAAGAAACGUUCCAUCAAUGGUUAGGGCAUUACACGAGGACAGGGGAAGAAUGGUAUAACCCGGAUGAUGGUCAACAUAACCCCAAUGCUGGAUAG